AUGCUUCGCUUUUCACACAUAAAUUCAAUAUUAGGUUCUGAUUUAUAUGAAAAAAUUUGUAACUGUCGUGUCUUGGUGGUCGGUUCAGGAGGGAUAGGUUGUGAACUUUUAAAGAAUUUGGUUAUGUCUGGAUUUAAACAAAUUGUAUUAGUAUAUUUAUCAAACUUGAAUAGACAAUUCUUAUUUCAAAAACAACAUAUCAAAAAAUCAAAAGCUCAGGUUGCACGCGAAUCUGCUUUAAAAUUCAACCCAAAUGUUAAUAUUAUUGCACAUCAUGCAAAUAUCAAGGAUCUUAAAUUUAAUGUUGAGUGGUUUAAGGGAUUUGAUAUAGUGAUGAAUGCUUUGGAUAAUCUUGACGCGAGACGUCAUGUAAACACGAUGUGUCUGGCUGCGGAUGUUUCACUUAUUGAAUCUGGAUCUGAAGGAUAUUUAGGACAAGUGACAAUUAUUAAGAAAGGAGAAACAGAAUGUUAUGAGUGUCAACCUAAACCAACAAGAACUACAUAUCCUGUUUGCACGAUUCGUAGUACUCCAAGUAGUCCAAUUCAUUGUAUUGUUUGGGCAAAGAGUUAUCUUUUUAAUCAAUUAUUUGGAUUGCCUGAAGAUGACGAUGAAUUAGAUCAAGAAAUUAAUAGUGAAAAUGAAAAAGAAAUUGCUAAUCUCAAAGAAGAAUCCCAAGCGCUUAAACGCGUAAGGGAAGCGAUAGGUUCAGAUGAUUAUCCCAAAAUAGUUUUCAAAAAAGUUUUUCAGGAAGAUAUCAAUCGUUUAUUGACGAUGGAGGACAUGUGGAAAACUCGAAAUACUCCAGAUCAACGAUUAUGGAGUUUAACUGAGAAUUUUUGUUUCUUUUUAGAGAGUACUCAAAAGUUGAGUACUCGUUUAUUAAAAGAAAAAUCGAUUAAUCCUGAUGCCAUCCUUCAGUUUGAUAAAGAUGACGAGGAUGCUUUGAGAUUUGUAACCGCAACAUCUAAUUUACGUGCAAGAAUAUUUGGUAUUGAGGAAAAAACUCAAUUCCAAGUAAAAGCAAUGGCUGGAAAUAUUAUCCCGGCGAUUGCAACAACCAAUGCAAUUGUGGCAGGAAUGAUUGUAAUGCAAGCUUUCAAAGUUUUAAAUGGAAAGAUAAACGAAUGUCAAACUAAAGCAACUUUACGUGAUUUUAUAGAAAAAAUUGUCCAAAGUCAAGAUGAUGGCGGAAUGGACAUCAGCGAAGCAUCGGUAGAAGAAGGCGGAAGAGAAAUAUUUGAGAAUCCAAAUACGUGGUUUCAUGUCGAUGAUCUUCAAGAAACUACUUCAUCCAAUAAACGACCUCCAAUUAGUGAAGAAGUCAUUGUUAACGACGAUGAUAUUAUUAUGGCAGGUGAUGAUGUUAACGAACCAAUUAUUAUUGAUUAA